CGUUACGAUUGAUUUGAUAUAUUCCGUCUCAUUUCUGCUUCUGAGUCAGUAUCGGCUGGCUUGAAGUUUAUCAAACGAUAUUGUUAUCAUUGAAGGAAUAUAAAGAAAAGAUAACAGGGCCUAAAACUUCAGUAUUUUGAGGAUUUACUGUUCAAGAGGAACACCAUCGCAGCCGUAAUCCGACGAACACCUAAGUCACAAGGCGCUAACAAUGGGGAACAAAACAGGCAAACACAAGAUGGGAAACGGAAAAGAAGACGAGGCGGAGGCGAACGAGCAAAAUGCGGAGGGGCAAGCAGAAGGGGCGGACCAGGGGAAGACAGAGACGGCCGAAGAAGUGAAGGAUGGAGCAGAAAAGGCGGAGAAUAAUGUCACUGAGAAAUCGGAAGAUAAAAAAGAAGAAGCCACUUCCGAAAGUAAAGCAACAACAGAAGAUAAGGAACAACCACCUAAAGAUACUGAUACUCAAGAACAACCGAAGGAAGGUGAAGGAAAAGGUGAGAACAAAGACAAUGAAAAGGAAGGCAAAUCGGAAUCAGACACACCAGCAGAGAAACCAAAGGACGAAACUUCAAGUGAGAAACCGAGUGAUGCAAGUUCAACAGAAAAACCCACUGAUGAUACUAAACCCGAUGAGAAAAAGGUAGAAACAGAACAGUCUGAAAAAGCGGAAGAAACGCAAAAGAAAGAGGACGCACCAAGUGAAACUAAGAACACUGAAUCUGUUGAACAAAAGUCUGACGAUCAAGGUAAAACUAAUGAGGUUGAGACAGAGAAUGCUCCUAAAGAGAAUGAAAGUGGACAAAAGGAUAAAACUGAUACUGAGACUGGACCAAGUGAAAGCACAAGUGGUGAAUCAAGCGAUAAAGGUGAUGUUAAACCUGACGAUAAACCAGUCGUUAACGAAACAGAACAGGGUAAACCUGAGACUGAGAGUAAAACGAGCGAAACGGUUACUGAGGCAGAAAUCCAAUCUAGUGAACAAAUACCUGAAAGUAAACCAACCGAAUCGGACGUAAAGGUAGAAGAAACGGCAGACAAAGGCGAAGUCAACGCCGAGGAAGUCACUAUUGAAAAAUCAGCUGAUGACCAACAAACGCCGGAGAAAGUAGCUGACGACGAUAAGAAAACAGGUGAUGGUGAGACUGUCGAAACAAAAACUGAGGUUACCGUGUCGACGGAGUUUCGCUGGGAGGGACCGGGGGAAGACGUCCAGUUGGCGGGCUCAUUUAAUGACUGGGGAGAAAAGUACAAGAUGGAGAAAAGCGGGGAUGCGUUCGUUGUGACCAUAACUCUUAAGCCGGGAGAAUAUACCUAUAAGUACCUUAUCGAUGAUGAAUGGCAAGUAGAUCAGAAAAAGGACAAAAAGCCCGACGAAUCCGGAGCAGAAAACAAUGUGAUCGUAAUUGGAUGAUUCCAUUUCUGUUGAAGCCUUCAUUUUAACAUAUGCAUUUAGUCAUUUAUGGAUAUAUCAAUUCUGUAUUAAGUUUCCACGUCUGGUGUUUAUUAUCUUCUGAAUUUAAAUGUGUGCGCAUUGACGUGAACAAGGAAGUGUGUGUUGUUUAUUUUGCAAUGGUUGCGAAAGUAGCUCACUCUAGUUAUAAUAUCCAUGUACAUGUAUGCGGCAAGUUAUAAAAGGCUGACUUGCGAUAUUUUGGAUUUUUGUCUUACAAUGCUUUUGUCAUUAAAACAGCAAGCAAUAUGGUUUAAAUUGAAGUAAAGCAAUCAGAAUAAUGGAUCACAUAGCCUCAUUUUAAAUAAAUGAUCAAGUCGUAUCGUCAAAUUUGUAUAAACAUCAUAAAUGGCAGAACAAUUGUUUUUUUUUUAUUUCCUUAUCUUUCUGUUCAUUUUAAGCACAGACUUAAGUUUAUUUGAUUAAAAAUGUAGCGAAAUAAUUAAACAAUGGUACUGAACGACUGAAAUAGACUAAGAUCUUUAUUUAAAAGGCCCCUAUUCUGCUCAUAUGUUUUGGCCUGAAGGUUCCAUUUGUCAGUCAGACCAAAAUUCGUAUUUUCCACUCUCUACAUUUUAAAUAUUAUACUUUUAGCAAUUGUGACGACAGUUAUGAUAACUUGUACUAAGUCACUCUUGUUGGCUCGAUGUUGUACGAGAGUGUGGUCUUGUGUUGUGGGGGAAACCGGAGUACCCGGAGAAAACCCACUUGUCCGGCUUGAUGACCACAAACCAAACUCACAUGCGUUCAGGCCGGAAAUCGAACCCGGGACACCUUGGUGAGAGCGAGCGCGCUUACCACCAGGCUCUACUUGGGAAGAUUUACAAAAACUCGCUUUGUCGAAGUUUUUGGGACCUAGUAAAAGGCCUCCAUAAAACGAAAAUUCGAUAUAUCCGAAAAACAAAACGUGUGUAACUGAACCAAAAAUAUUCGAGUGUCAACUGUAUGUUAAACAGGCUCUGUGAACUAAUGCUUAUUGUCUUUUGCUUUGCCGGCUUUUAUUUAAUACUUUAAAGAUGAAUGCAUGUACAUGUAUCAUUAUAAUAUAUGCCAAACAAUAAAAUGUAUAUAGAAAAUUAUUAUGUUUAAGCAGUCUUUAAACCACAUUAUCCUACAAAAAGCAUGCUUUAAAGGGACUAGAUCGUGUUUUUGGACCAAAUUUUUUCAUGGUUAUGUAACACUAUAAUUAUUAGAACUUUAUUCUGUGAUACUGGAAUUGCAGAAAAUACAAUUUAAGUAUAUAAACAUCUGGCUUUAGUGUGGAGUGAACCCGAGCCGAUAUAGUAAAAAAAUAGAAAAUUGACUAAACCGCUCGCAAACACGGACAUGUACAAAAACUGGGGGAUAGAUCAACCUUUACGCUUUCUUUGACAAGCGUUACUUACGCUAUUCAAAAUUGAGUUCCUCAGAGACAAUAAUUGAGUAUAUAUGUGUUGAAAGGUUCCAGCCGUCAGUGUAUUAGCUUUAACAAUCAUGAUGAUUUGCCACGCAUUAUUUCACCAUAAAAGUGCAUUUUUCAAAACAUGAGCGAGUCCCUUUAAAGCAACUAUAAAAAGAACACUUUCAAAUUAAUUAUAUUAUCUUCAAAUUACGGAAAGCAUUCAAGUGUUUCUACUAGUCUUGUUUAAACGAUAUAUGUGUUAGAUAUAAUAUAUAUUUCUUUGUAUUUCAAGAAAAAAAUAUAUUCCUAAUAUUAGUUAUUUUAAGGUAUAACUUCUUUGUGCAUGUGACUUAAAAUUAAGUAAGUUAUAUGAAAUUGACUUACCUGUUUCAGGAAAGGUCUAUUAUGACUGAGUUUGAAUGAUGUCUGAUUUCUUUGCAUUGUAUAUCUUUGUAUACAAGCUGUCUGUUAUUAUUUUUUGUUAUUAUGGUUUUAUAUUUCCUGAGUGUAUGAAUUAUGUCCGUUCAAUCGUUCAUUCUAACAAGCAUUAUAUGUCCAUUUUGGAAGCGUUUUUUAUUCAUUUUUUUCAACAAGGUAUAAAAGUUGUUGUGUUUUUUAAGAAAUAAGAACGAGUACGUGUUCAACCAUUUUAAUGAAAGGAAAAUAAAAAUAUAAAUAAUUACAUCAAUUGUGAUCCAUUAUAUUUUUACGUUCAUAUGUAUGUGUCUAUAUCACGUUUCUGGUUCUAUCCACGUCAUUUUUGCUGCUAAUCGACGUGACGUCAUUGAAUAGCGUAUGACGUUGACGUCACUUCCUUUCUAUGAUUUUUUAUCAACUGAUGGAUGCAUCACGCCAAAACUUUUAAAUAUAUCAGUUAAAAACACUGUUGGACUGGUUUUUAUAUAUCAUUUAAUGAAGGCAACUGAAAUUCGAAUAAAAACAUUUUCUACAUGAAUGCAUUUCUUUAAGGAUAUUGAAAACUUUCCAUCCGUAUAAUGGUGUAUUGUGACCAAAGAUAUUUUCAAGCUAAAUGUAUGCAUAUUAUUUUUUACAUCUUUACGUUUACGAUAUAUACUGUUAAACUUCCGUAUACAACAUGUAAUACUUGAACUAGGCGUUCAACAUGUGUAGGCGUAUGGUACCAGUAUGUAAAGUUACAUUUCUUGUGUUGCUAAGUUAUCUGUUUUAAUAAACUCUAAUAUCACAAUAAGUUCA